AACUCUCGUGCGCCGUGCUUACGCCGCGCACGAGCUCCGUGCUGCCCGCUAUUACGGCGAUACACUCGAGAUGUCGUCAGACGCGGGAGGUGGAGCUCGAGAUGUUGCAAUCGCGCUCAGUACAGCAUCAUCGAGGCAAAGCUUGUGUCACGCAGGAAAGCAUAAUAUGAGUCGCAGACCAAACUGAGAAGCCACAAGCCGGGACGUCAGUCAGGUGGAGGGGCCACGUCUGAUUUCAAAGCUCAUUCAUCAAAGGGGCUUUAGUCUCUCGCUUGAACACUUACCAGCCUGGGGCUUCUGGAGCCGGGGCACGUUUCACCCCCCCCACUCCACCCCCACCCCCCAAUGUCUGCUAACUUUCUGGACAACUUUUCUCUCUCUCGCUAUCUCUCAUCUACACCGGUUUUCAGUGAAAUCGAAUUACACCAUUUUAUUCGUUGUGGACGUCGAAGCGGCUUUUCUUUGUUGAGCGACCAAAAGAGCUGUGUGGACUCGAGAAGAUUGACUUCCUGUGAGUAGCAGCCUUCAUUCAGAACAAAGGCAUUACUGUCACCAAGAAGAGUAUCUGGAAUGCAUUUUCAUUUUCACUUACGACUAUUUGUUUAACAGCUUGUGGGAGAAAAUGUUAAAAACAGACCUCUAAUUCCAAUCACAUCGGCGGAUCAGUGAUUUAUUUUAUUUUUUAUUUUUGCUGAAUAUUACAAUCCUGGAUACUUUGUGGAAUCGUAAUAGACUACAGUUCUGGAACGGACAGAGUGGCUCGUCACUACAACAAGUGAAGUUCUAUAAACGUUACACAUUCGCUACUUUAAUUCCAGUUUUAAAGUUUGUUUCUGAAGUCGGAAAAGAAAUGUACGCAGACAAAUAACUGAGUUAGCUACAACAACCGGCGCUGGAGUUCUGAGUGACUAUUGUUGUGCUGUCGGAGAGGAGCGAGUCCUUUGUUCAGCAGCGAGAUGAGUCUGAAUCUCUCAGCAUCUGCACUCCCAGUGAGACUGAAGCGAGUAGACUGUGAAGACCCCCACAACACACAGGCAGUGAAAUGCAAGCGCCGCAGGCUGAGCCAGCCCCCCUCCCCUGGGUUAGCCCCUUGCCUUUUGCCUCAAACUAAUAGCACAGAGUCCAUAGGCUCAGAAAAGCUCUGUGUCUCUUCCAUUGGGCCCUAUAUUCUACUGGAAGCUACAGAGGGCACCCAGUCAUUUCGAGCGGUUCACCGUGUCACUGAGCAGGAGCAUACCUGUAAGAUGUUUUCGAUGAAGAAGUACCAUGAACUCAUUGCCCCAUACACCCGUCUGCUGCCCCACGAUAAUAUUUGUAAGAUAUCGGAUGUAAUCAUGGGGGAGCAGAAUGUGUACAUCUUCUUUGAGCGUAACUAUGGUGACAUGCACUCAUACGUGCGCACUUGUAAGAGGCUCCAGGAGGAGGAAGCUGUGCAUCUCUUCAGACAAAUGGCAUCUGCAGUCAUGCACUGCCACGAAAAUGGUGUUGUACUGAGAGACCUCAAGUUACGCAAGUUUGUGUUUACCGAUGCACAAAGAACAAAGCUGGUGUUGCACAACCUAGAGGACUCCUGCCUUCUGAACGGAGAUGAUGACUCUCUCACAGACAAACAUGGAUGCCCAGCUUAUGUGGGACCAGAGAUCUUAAACUCACAGCAUUCAUACUCUGGAAAAGCGGCAGACAUUUGGAGCCUGGGAGUGGUGCUCUACACCAUGCUGGUGGGUCGCUACCCUUUUCAAGACGUGGAGCCGGCUGCCCUGUUCAGCAAAAUCCGCAGGGGUGCCUUUACAAUCCCAGAGAGUCUGUCACCCAGAGCCAAGUCUCUUGUGUGCUGCCUGCUCAGAAAGUCACCCUUGGAGAGGCUGGAAGCCCCAGACAUUUUGCUCCAUCCAUGGCUCCACUGUAGCACAAAUGCCUUUGUCAGCCAUCACCCUAACUCUAAGCACUCAACUGACCAAGUGGUGCCAGACUUUGAGGAAUGUAAAAAAGGCGACUCACUGAAAUUUAGUGAAGCUCCAGAGUGAGCUUUCACCUGCUUGUGUAAGCACACUAUCUAUUUGCAGUGGUUGCAUAGAUGAACAUAUUCAAGAUUUCAAGACAAAAUAAAUUGGAUCCCCAUUUGUAAAUCCAAUUUCUCACCUAUAAAAAUAGACCUAAAACAAUGGAUUGAUUCUCGGUCUGGGAAAUAUCUACGGUGAUACAUACUGUUUAGCAAGCAGUUAAAAGGGCUACAGAAGGAUGAAAGGCUUGUGCUUUAAAAUUACUUUUGGAAUAAGAUUUGUGAUUUAAAGCACGACUGGACUUUAAGCUCAAUGCUUCUGCGAACAUUCACUCCAGCAGUGUUGUGAUAUUCAUGUGUAUAUUUCGUAAUGUGUACAUUUAUGUUGUUGAAAGACUCUGAAUCACUUGAUACCUCGGACUCGAAACCUGCAAUACUUGAUGCAUAGUAUGUGCCUUUUGCGAUGUACUGUUUACAUAAUUUUUAGUGGUAAGAGCAGUUAAAGCAUUUAAAGUGCCUUUUUACCAUUCUUAAUAUGUAGUUGUUUUUUAGUUUCCUACCAAAGACAUAAGUUUUAUUUCUCUCACACGCGCACAUACAUACACGUAUAAGUGUGCAUAAAUUCGACAAUACAGUCGAGCUCAAGGCUGAUAACAAAACACCCUGGUCUUCAGUAAUGUCUCAGCAGUGUCGCAGGCUGAUUGCUAUGCCACAUUCAUGCUUAAGGAGCCCUCCAUGUAUUUCGCACAUAAAUUAACAUAACUGUUUAGUAUUUCUGCAUUGUAGGUCCUUUUUUGACAGAUAUUAGAAAAUAUUCCAAUAAGUUCUAAUGAGCUGCAAAACUGUUAUCAUCAAUAUGAAAACAAAAAAGGCUUGAAAUAUUUCACUUAUGUUAUGAAUCUGAAAUUUCACUUUUAAUUGCUAUUUAAUAUAUGGCAGAAUAUACCAUGCAUUAAUCAGGUGAUUUUACUAUUUAGUUCUUCUCCCACUUCAGGAUAAAAUUGGUGGCUAGAUAAAAACAUGUCCUAAGGCUUUAAUACUGUCUGGUAUGUGUAUGUUUUAUGAGUGGACAUAGAUACUGGAAGAAUACAGAGUGUAAGUCCACUUACACCACAGCACAUUUCCAUUAAAUGGUAACAUGACUUAUGGCAUCAGUGACACAUUUGAGAAAAGAAGACAUUACAAGUGUCAGCAAUGAUGUCAGCAGCAAUGCCUUGACUGUCAUCUGUAUGUCUAACUGAUUUGUUCACUUGUAAAUAGCUUUUUUUGCAACCACAGCAAAAAAAAAAAAAAAGA